ACAGCGUUUGUGAUAUUUAUGAGAUCACCUGCGUCAAACUUUUGCAUGAGAUUAUAGAAAAUUUGAAACCAAUGUCAACUUCUAUCGCAAUGACGGAGGUGUUUGAUAAUAUUGGGAUAAUUUUAUGUUUGAUUUGUUUUUUAAUAAAUAAGGCAAUGCCUUGUGUUUAUGCGACUUCCUGGUAUCUCGCCCCACAACAUAACAUUCAUCCCACAACGCAACAUUCAUCCCGCAACACGACAUUUAUCAUACAACACAACAUUCAUCAUACACAACAUACAGCAUCACACCACGCAACCCCACGCACCGAACACCACCAUACCACAACGUACAUCGUUCUCACAACCCAACCGAGUAAAAAAGGAUUGGCCAGAUAGGGCGGCCCCAGUCGAUUUUCACGCCCGAAAACUCAACACGCGUCUCGCCAGCUAUAGACUUUUGCUUUUCGUCGAAGUUGUGGUUAAAAUUCCCGAAAAACAAUCCGUUCGGUCGUGUGGUUGUGCACCGGCAGCAGUAGCAGUGAAUAUACAUAAAAUAUACAAAUUAAACAUAUAUACCUACAUACAUAUUUAAUAAAAAAAAAUGAAAAAAUCGAAAUAUUGUGAAGUUUUCCCCGAAAAGAGAAAUAUACAAGUAAUUGAAUUUUACUCAUUGAUCUUUAAAACACCAACCAUACCACAACAUACAUCGUUCUCACAAUCCAACCGAGUAAAAAAGGAUUGGCCAGAUCGGGGCGGCCCCGGUCGAUUUUCACGCCCGAAAACUCAACACGCGUCUCGCCAGCUAUAGACUUUUGCUUUUCGUCGAAGUUGUGGUUAAAAUUCCCGAAAAACAAUCCGUUCGGUCGUGUGGUUGUGCACCGGCAGCAGUAGCAGUGAAUAUACAUAAAAUAUACAAAUUAAACAUAUAUACCUACAUACAUAUUUAAUAAAAAAAAAUGAAAAAAUCGAAAUAUUGUGAAGUUUUCCCCGAAAAGAAAAAUAUACAAGUAAUUGAAUUUUACUCUUUGAUCUUUAAAAUAUAAUUCUUUCAAUUAAGCGCUAACAAAAAAAGGGAUGCAUAAUUCAAGGUACAAGUAGGUAUACCCUGUGAAACUAAGUGCAGCGAAAAAAUGGUCCUUCGAGCCGCUCAGAAAGACACUUAAGUUAAAGACCACAAACAAAAAAUAGAAAAUGAAAGAUUAAAAGAUAAAACGAAAAAGUAAAAGUGCAAAAAAGAAAAAAAAAUUGCAGGCAUACAUAUAUGUAUACAAAAUACAUAACCGGGCGCGUUAUAACACAAAACAAAGGUCAAUAACCUCAAUUAUACAAAAUACAUAAACGGGCGCGAAAUAAUACAAAUAAAUAACUAAAGAAAGUAAAAACUCAAGUGCGGUACUAAAGUGAAGUGACAAUAGAUUAUAAAACUAGAAUAAAAAUACUAAAAAGUGCUGUGAAAAGAAAACGAAGUACACAUGUACAUAUACAUAUAAAAUACUCAAUAGCACAUACAUAACUAGAGUGCAGUACAGUGGAAAAAACAACGAAAAUUUCGUACAUACAUAUGUACGUGCAAAACCCCAAAAACAUUUUGCAGAGCAGACAAGGAUUACAAGCAACGUGGGAAGAGAAGAGAAUACAAACUCAACACAAAAAACAUCAGAGAAGAAAUAAAAACCAAAAAGAGGAAAACGACAUAAAGAGAACUCAUAAGUAUUGCCCAAAAACCCUUGGCGGAGAAAAAGUGAGUCCAUUCCAAUUAAAUUUUUAAUAAAAUUAUUGAUGCGCAUAUGUAUGUUAAUGUACAGUUUAAGCUGUAAUACGGCAUACAGCUACUUAAAAAUAUCCCAACUGUUCUAUACAAAAAACCGGUUAGACAGUUCGGUAUAUACAUAUGUAUGUAGGAAUUAUAUCACAUGACAACCCUGACAACUACCGAACACAUGACAACCAUGGUGACGCUAAAAAGCAAAAUGUAAAACACAGUAGAGAAGAAGCAAGCGACGCCGUCAGACCGUACAUUAGUGUUCUAAGUUAAAAACUGUGUAAUUAACAUAAUAAAACAAAUGUUAAUAAAGUGAACUUAAUAAAACUUGAACGAAAUAUAUAAUAAAUAAGUUAAACAGUGAAUUUUCUCUACAAAUUGGGGACUCGCCCGGAAUCUGAACGAAAUUGAGCUUAAAGGGUGCAGGUUUCAAUCGUGUCGCAUAUUCGUACAUAUAUUCCACAUUGAAGCCGUUGAACUAAAGGGUGAUUUUUUAAGAGCUUGAUAACUUUUUUUUAAAAAAAAACGCAUAAAAUUUGCAAAAUCUCAUCGGUUCUUUAUUUGAAACGUUAGAUUGGUUCAUGACAUUUACUUUUUGAAGAUAAUUUCAUUUAAAUGUUGACCGCGGCUGCGUCUUAGGUGGUCCAUUCGGAAAGUCCAAUUUUGGGCAACUUUUUCGAGCAUUUCGGCCGGAAUAGCCCGAAUUUCUUCGGAAAUGUUGUCUUCCAAAGCUGGAAUAGUUGCUGGCUUAUUUCUGUAGACUUUAGACUUGACGUAGCCCCACAAAAAAUAGUCUAAAGGCGUUAAAUCGCAUGAUCUUGGUGGCCAACUUACGGGUCCAUUUCUUGAGAUGAAUUGUUGUCCGAAGUUUUCCCUCAAAAUGGCCAUAGAAUCGCGAGCUGUGUGGCAUGUAGCGCCAUCUUGUUGAAACCACAUGUCAACCAAGUUCAGUUCUUCCAUUUUUGGCAACAAAAAGUUUGUUAGCAUCGAACGAUAGCGAUCGCCAUUCACCGUAACGUUGCGUCCAACAGCAUCUUUGAAAAAAUACCGUCCAAUGAUUCCACCAGCGUACAAACCACACCAAACAGUGCAUUUUUCGGGAUGCAUGGGCAGUUCUUGAACGGCUUCUGGUUGCUCUUCACCCCAAAUGAGGCAAUUUUGCUUAUUUACGUAGCCAUUCAACCAGAAAUGAGCCUCAUCGCUGAACAAAAUUUGUCAGCGAAACACAUUUCGAACCGAACACUGAUUUUGGUAAUAAAAUUCAAUGAUUUGCAAGCGUUGCUCGUUAGUAAGUCUAUUCAUGAUGAAAUGUCAAAGCAUACUGAGCAUCUUUCUCUUUGACACCAUGUCUGAAAUCCCACGUGAUCUGUCAAAUACUAAUGCAUGAAAAUCCUAACCUCAAAAAAAUCACCCGUUAUAUUCAAAGAAAAGUGUGAAUAAGCUAUGUAUGAAUUUUAAUAUUUGCACAUAGUUCAGGGAAUUGUAUUGUGCAGUUGCAAAUCUCAAUGUAUAGCAAACUUUGUUUUUUUCAAGUUCGAAUAAAUCCGUUACGCCAUUGCUCAUCAAAGCAACGAGUAUUGUGAACGCAGCAAGUGUAUAAGUUGGAGAGAACGAGAGACGUAAAUUGUGAGCAACAUCAACUGCGAACGCAGCACGUGUAUAAGUUGGAGAGAACGAGAGACGUAAAUUGUGAGCAACAUCAACUGCGAACGCAGCAAGUGUAUAAGUUGGAGAGAACGAGAGACGUAAAUUGUGAGCAGCAUCAACUGCGAAAGCAGCGAGUGUAUAAGUUGGAGAGAACAAUAAUCGUAAAUUGUAACCGAUAUCAACUGCGAACGCAGAAAGUGUAUAAGUUGGAGAGAACGAGGAUCGUAAAUUGUGAAUAGCGUCAGCUGUGAACGCAGCGAGUAAAUGUACGUAAGUUGGAGAGAACGAGAAUUGUAAAUUGUGAACAGCAUCAACUGUGAACGAAGCAGCAGAUUAUUACAAACAGAAGCAACAUUUUAUUACAAAAAGAAGCAGACGCUGAUGCAAGUCCAGACAAGGAAGUAUUGUCCAUUCGAAGAGCAAUUCCGUAAUUAAGUAUUAUUUUAUAUGGUAUUACUUAGCAUUUAAAAACAAAACUCACAGUAAGUUAAUGUAGACGUAGUACAAAGAAAAUUCAUAUUUGAAAAGCAUUGUGAAAUAUAAUUUUUUUUGUAAUUUAGAUUGUAUGCUUAAAUAGUGAUUAACGUUUGUAAACUUAUAUUAUAACAAUGGAAGCACAAAUAAUAUUGAACAUGACCGUGCCAGUUUUGAAAGAUAAGUUAAGGGAAGUGGGGCUACCAAUAACUGGACGCAAGAAAGAUUUAAGGGAUAGAUUGCUUACAUUCCACGGCCUACUUAACGACGACGAUGAAAGUGAUAGCGAAGUUGAAACAGCUAGAUCGCGGUGUGAAAGUGUGUCAAGCAGAGUUCAAGAGUUGCCUUCGGCCCAUCAUUUCUCCUUUCGAGACAUUGAGGAAAGUUUAACCUUGUUUAACGGUACAGAUAGUCAUGGUGUGAACCAGUGGGUACAAUCUUUUGAAGAAAAUGCCCAAACGGUUGGUUGGUCGAAUGUUCAGAAAUUUAUAUAUGCAAAACAAUUGCUCCGAGGAGCAGCAAAAUCUUUUGUUCGAAGCCAAGUAGGAAUUCUCGAUUGGGUUUCGUUGAAACGUUCUCUAAUCAAGGAGUUCGGUGCGACGAUUUCGGCAUCAGAAGUGCAUAGCCGGUUGAGUAAUAGACGAAAGGGGCAAAACGAAUCGUAUCUUGAAUUUUUAUAUGCGCUCAUGGAAAUAGGAAGUCAGGUAGGAUUAGAUGAAAUAAGUUUACUUGCUUAUUUUAUUCAGGGUAUACCUGAUUCUAAAUUUAACAAAGCAGUCCUGUACCAAGCAAAGAAUAUUGAUGAACUUAAAGAUCAAAUAAAAAUUUAUGAAAAGAUUCGUUCAAGGGUUGGUAGCGUAAAAACGGAGAACCCCAAAGAGGAAGUGGAAGUAAAUAAUCAGAGCCAAGGGUUGAAUCGUGCUUGUUUCAAAUGCGGUGACACAUCACAUAUAGCAAGGAAUUGUCCAAGUCAACAGUUUAGGUGCUAUAAAUGUAGCAAGAUGGGCCACAAAGCGUAUAGUUGCCCAAAUGUUAAAAUUAAAACGGAAGUCGAUAAGAGUAAUCUAAAUGUUGUCAACGAAAUAGAAUUUACGCCAUCGGCAGGAGAUUUUGAAUUAAAAUUUAAAGAUAUUAGGGUAGGAAACACCAUUUUCCCGGCUCUAAUAGACACCGGAAGUCAGCUAUGUCUUAUCAGAGCUGAUAUAGUCAACAAAUUAUCACUUUCUUUUAAACCAAAUAACGACAUCCGGGUGUUACGUGGUAUUGGUCAAUCAGAAACAGUCACUGUGGGUAGUUUUGAGACUAAAGCUCAAUUGGAUAAUGUUGAGGUCAGCAUAGUUUUUCACAUAAUUAGGGAAGAAGAUAUGAAUUAUCCAGCAAUAAUCGGAAGGUCCAUCUUAAGCGAAGUAGAUCUAAUCGUUACAAAAGAUAAAGACAUUUUUAAGUACAAAAACGAAAGCCAAAAGAGUGAAUACAUAGAAAUAAAUGACGAAAAUGAUAUGGAAGGGACGAAACCAGAGCCAUGGGAAUUCGCUAGCAUAGGUUUGCACGUAGAAGAGUUGAAAUAUAAUGACAGAGAAGCGCCUACUUAUGACUUAGCGCAUCUUGACGAACAUAGUAAGGAAGAAGUGGAAAUGUUAAUUGGGCAAUAUGAACCAAAACGUUUAAAAUUUUCUCCUAUCGAAAUGAAAAUUAUUGUAAAAGAUGACAUUCCAGUGCAUCAGCCACCACGACGAGUGUCCUUUCAAGACCAGAAAUUUAUCAAUGAACAAAUAAAGCAAUGGUUAGAGGCGGGUAUCAUAACACCAAGUGUAUCGAAUUAUGCAUCACCGAUCGUAUUGGUGUCAAAUAAAGCUGGGUCCAAACGUUUAUGUUGCGACUAUCGCAAAUUAAAUGAAAAAAUUAUACGGGAUAAUUUUCCUAUGUCAUGUUUCCUAUGUGGUCGAGAAGCUCCAGGGUUUUAACGUGUUCACCACCUUAGACUUGGCAAAUGGAUUCUUCCAUGUUCCAGUCGAAGAGAACUCGCGAAAAUACACUUCUUUUGUUACGAAUAAAGGGCAGUAUGAAUUUAAGUUUGUACCGUUCGGCAUUUCGAACUCGCCGGCGGUGUUUUGUCGAUUUAUUAACGUUGUUUUCCAAGAUUUGAUCAGUGAGGGGAUACUGGUAACGUACAUGGACGAUUUAAUCAUACCAUCAGAAAACAUAGGUGACGGACUAAUAAAGUUAAAAAGGGUACUGAACGUGGCAGCGGAAGCAGGUUUGCAGAUCAAAUGGAACAAAUGUAACUUCCUAAAGCGUACGGUAAACUUUCUGGGUUAUGUAAUUGGAAAUAAUAACAAUUCGUCCAUCGAUAGAGAAAACACGAGCAGUAGAAGCAUUUAAAGUACCCAAAGAUAAGAAAUCGGUGCAACAAUUUCUGGGCUUAACGUCCUAUUUCCGAAGGUUUAUCAGAGACUAUGCGUUACUGGCCAAACCCUUAUCCGAUAUGUUGCGUAAAAAUGAAGAUUUCAAAUGGUACGAUGAGCAAGCGAUGGCAUUUGAAAAUUUGAAGAGAGCAUUGACACGUUCACCAGUUUUAAAUAUAUAUAAUCCAAGGGCUAGCACGGAAAUUCAUACAGAUGCGUCGAAGUUUGGUUAUGGCGCUGUUUUAUUGCAGAAAAGUUCUGAAGAUAAUGAGUAUCACCCAGUGCAAUAUAUGAGCCGAAAGACGAACUCAGCUGAAGAAAAUUAUCAUUCCUAUGAAUUGGAAGUGCUAGCAAUUAGAGGCAUUAAAGAAGUGGAGGGUCUAUGUAUUAGGGAUUGAAUUUAAAAUAAUUACGGACUGUAAUGCUUUUGCGAUGACGCUAAAAAAGAAAGAUGUACCACCUCGUAUUGCUAGAUGGGCGAUGUUCCUUCAGGAAUUCAACUAUAAAAUAGAACAUCGAUCAGGGUCAAAAAUGCGCCAUGUCGACGCGCUAAGUCGAUCAGUCUGUAUGCUAAUAGAUGAUUCCUUACGUCACAGAUUGAAAGAAGCACAGUUAAAUGACGAGUACACAAGGGCAAUUCGUAAAAUACUAGAGAGUGAGGCCUACGAAGACUUUUACAUCCGACAUGAUAUUCUCUGCAAAGAUAUGACAAAGGAGCUAGUAGUGGUUCCAAAACAGUUAGAAGAUGAGAUUAUACUUAGAAUGCACCGCCAAGGGCACUUUUCGAAAAAGAAAACAUGCGAUUGUGUAGGGAAAACUUAUUUUAUUCCAGGACUGGAGACGAAAGUUGCUAAAUUGGUGAAUAGUUGCAUCGAAUGUUUGAUUAUGAACGCGAAAAAUGGUAAACAAGAAGGGUUUUUAUCUCCAAUCGACAAGGAAGAAUAUCCACUCGGUACUUAUCAUAUUGACCAUGUAGGUCCAAUGACAACGACAGGAAAACAGUAUAAGCACGUGUUAGUUAUUGUUGACGGUUUCUCUAAGUUUUGUUGGCUAUACCCAACCAAAGAUACAGGUGCAGAAGCAGUUGUGGACCGGUUAACGAAACAAUCUUACAUAUUUGGAAAUCCGCGUAGAAUUAUUUCCGAUAGGGGAUCUGCAUUCACUUCCCAGACUUUCAGGUCUUAUUGUGAAAGUAAUCAUAUUCAGCAUCUGCAGAUAACCACAGGGGUGCCCAGGGGAAAUGGGCAAGUGGAAAGAAUCAACCGUAUCAUAAUUACUAUGUUAGCCAAGCUCUCACAUCCAAACCCAACACAAUGGUAUAAGUAUGCGGGACAGGUGCAGCAAUUUAUAAAUAAUUCGCCAAGCCGCAGUACAGGGUUCUCCCCAUUUAAGCUUUUAACAGGGUGCGAAAUGCGUAUUAAAGAAGACUUAAAACUGAAUGAGAUAUUGGAAAGAGAGGUCAUUGAUGAUCUUCAUCAGCAGCGAGAAGAAUUACGGGAAAUCGCGAAAUGCAAUAUACAAAAGAUCCAAGAAGAAAAUAGGAAAAGCUUUAAUAAGAGACGUAAACAGGAAAUGCAAUAUAAUAUAAAUGAUUUAGUGGCUAUCAAACGUACACAAUUUGGGGCAGGUAUGAAACUACGUCCGAAGUAUUUGGGACCAUACAAGGUGGUAACACGAUUAAAGCAUGGUAGGUACAAUGUCGAGAAAGUGGGGGAAAGUGAGGGACCGAGGGUGACCUCGACUACUGCUGAGUAUAUGAAAAAAUGGUGACACCAUUCGGGGCGAAUAGGUUGUCAGGUAUGGCCGAGUUGUAGGAAUUAUAUCACAUGACAACCCUGACAACUACCGAACACAUGACAACCAUGGUGACGCUAAAAAGCAAAAUGUAAAACACAGUAGAGAAGAAGCAGGCGACGUCGACAGACCGUACAUUAGUGUUCUAAGUUAAAAACUGUGUAAUUAACAUAAUAAAACAAAUGUUAAUAAAGUGAACUUAAUAAAACUUGAACGAAAUAUAUAAUAAAUAAGUUAAACAGUGAAUUUUCUCUACAUAAUUCACGAAGCGAAUUAAAAACACGUCCGUACACCUUGAACUCUAUGAACAUGUUAAUAAGUUGGAAAACCAUCUUCUCUGUACAUUUACGCACCGGAACUGAAAUCAAAAGGCUACUCUACUUUGGAAAAAAUUUAGAAAAAAUGAUUUUCAAUACCAUAUACGACAUAUAAUUUCACGAAGGACAAGGCCGGCGUGGUCAGCUAGUAUAUAUACAUAUGUAUAUAAUUAACUUCUUUUAUAUAUAGAAAACAGAAAAGCUGAAAAAGGAGAAAAGAUAUAUGGCAAUCCAGGAGAUUGAUGCCAUUGAGACCCAGGCAGCAAAACUGAUAAGUAGUGCUAAUGACCGUCUCACUGCCUUUGAAUACGCCCGAAAAGACAAAGUAAAUAAUGCAUUUUUACAUUUCAAAAUAAAACAGCGAGAUUAGAUUAGAUUCGAUUAUUAUUGUGUCCUCUCCUAAAUCACAAAGACUCACAUAGCCGCAACAUAUUAAUAAAGUUCAAUAUUCUGCUGGGUGCUAGUGAAUCGAUGCGAUCUUGAUUCGGAAACAUGGAUCCAAGGGCCUUAGUUGGUCUGGCGUUUCAGGCCCCCUGUCGCAGAACCGGUAGUUCACACAAGAACAUAAGCCCCAUGUUAUGUAAAUGCUUAUUUAGCUUGAAAUGGCCGGUGCGACCAGUAGCCUGAGUUUAUCCCUAGGGAGGUUAAUUGCAUAAUUAAACCUGCUGAGAUUGGACCCCUGCAUGUCGCAUGCCAUGCAGUUGUUGCCAAUGCCUUUCCCUGCCUCCUCCUUCUUCCGUGCGGAGCAACUCCUUUAUACUUUGGGGACCCACUCCUACCACGUUUGUAUAUUUACACCCUAAAGUUGUCUCAAAACCUACAUAUGGUAGGGUAUACCAGGGUAUUUACAGACAUAUAAAUGGGUAUAUCGAAUUCCGAUAUUCUUACCUAAUUUAAGCUUAAAUGACUGGACUAUAAGAAGUAAGUUAGACUAAUUGGCCUUAAAAAUUUAGCCAGGGAAUAGUCCUUCCUAAUUUGGGUAUGAAGAUCACCUUCGCUGCCCUCCAUAUUUCAGGGAUGAACGCCAUUGUGAGGCUAUCCCUCAUCAGUCGAACAAGGUAUAGCAGUAGAUCCUGCGCCAAGGAAGCUAAACUUCCGCUUAACUCUUGGACCCCAUUUAACUGCAGCUGCGCUGAUUGCAAUAUCCAUCUCAUUAUCCGUGGUCGUUGUCCUGCUACGUUGCCUUGUUCUGUUUUGAAUUGUGGGUUCUGAAUUUGGAUUUCUCGCACAUAUUUUUUUUAUGACCCUUGUCUUAACGCGGUGAGCUGUUGGGGUCAGCUUAGCUAAAUGUUAAAUGACAUUCUCUAUCUAAAUUUAACAUUUUCUGUUAUAAAUAUGUAAUGAUUUUUUUUACUUUACGUUCAUAAGUCGGUUAAAACUGAACAUUUUCCGAUUUUUUUUUACAAACCAUUCUUAUUGGAUUACCUUCAAAGUGGUUCAGGUAAAUUUUCAUUUCAUGCAACGGUUUAGUCAGCUAUUGCGAGCAGACAAAAACCCAACUUACUUUUACAUAGACGAUUUUCUAGAUGCCAGAAAAAGCCGAGGUGCAAGCGCAAAGUAAACUAUUGUGCGAAUGCCGCUUCAUAGCGCCAGAGAGACACUAUUCAAUUAGUCGCAUCGCCGGGGACUUGGAGGACGACCAUUAUGUGGAGCUCGCUACGAAACCGCUCAUGUCAUCGGAAGAGCUCGGCAGCACGGAUGCUACGGAACGUAUUUCGCUUUUGAAUAUAAUGCAAAUUUAAUAUAAUUUACGGUCAUUUUUUUCUACAUAACAGAUCCGGCUAAUAUUGAAGGCAAAGGGCACAAAAGGCAGUGUUGACGGCGUACUAUGUAGGAUAUAUUUCCUGACAAAGAUAAAAAUACAAUCUUUGGGGAGCUCCGGGGAUUUGUGGCCCUAACCCACUAUCUAUUUAAACAAAAAAAUAUAAACUAACGGCUAAAUUAGUAAAUAUUUUCUUAUUAUAAAUUACUUAUAUAUAUUAGUUGUAAGAUGUAUAAAUUAUUUUUAAGUUGUAUAUAUUAAUUUUAAGCUGUAUUUAUUUGUUUUAAGUUGUAGUUUCUAGUUUUACUUUUUUAUACAAGUAUGAAUUUUCAGAAUUAUAAUAUUUAUACUGAAGUAAACUUUAUCUUGUAUUAUAUUUUGAUUUUAAUAACAAAUUGAAUUCAAAUUUUAUGCCGCACGUAAUAGUAAUAGGCAAAUUAUAAGUGUUUAUUUUAAAUUUGUGGUGUAAGGAUAUCCAAUAUAUUAUUUUAUUUAGUUUUUGAAUAUGUUUUAAGUUGUUAAUUAAUUUAAAUUUAUAUAUAAAUGGCGACGUUCAAAUAAUGAAAUAAAAGUGAAAU